UCACCUCACCAACACCUAACACGGGAUAUGAAUAUUUGAUUUUUUAAAAAAUUCAUUUAAAAAGAAAGAGCGGAAGUUCCUUGGAGGCAGGGCCCUAAACGACGGCGUUUAGAAAGAAAAUUCCUUUCGUGGUGGUGGAGGCACAUUAAAUGGUAAUAAAAUGUGCAGUUUAUGACGUUAAGAAAUGCGGUUUGUUGUCUGGGCGCAGAGUGUGGAAAAUGAAAUGGGAUAUGCAGAUGGAAGAAAUCGAAGCGAUUCUGGAAAAGAUUUGGGACAUUCACGACAAGCUCAGCGACGCUAUUCACUCCAUUUCCAGAUCCCACUUCCUCACUUCCGUCAAAACCCUCAAAAACUCUUCCAACGCUUCUAACCGCGCCGGUUUCGUCUUCGUCAAGGACUUCGCACCCCCCGCCGCACCCGCCGCCGCCUCCUCCGCCGGUGACGACGACGACGACGACGCCCUUCGCGAGGCCAAGAGCCUCAACGCGAUACGCACCGCUCUCGAGAACCUCGAGGACCAGCUCGAGUUCUUCCACACUAUUCAAACCCAGCAACGAGUUGAGAGAGAUGCUGCAAUCGCACGUUUAGAACAGAGCAGAAUUGUUCUUGCAAUGAGACUGGCAGAACACCGUGGUAAAAAAUAUAAAGUCAUUGAAGAAGCUCUUGCUUUUGUUGGAGAUGUACAUGUUGCACCUGAUAUUCUUUAUGGACAACCAAACUGUUCUAAGAAUUUUGUGACUGACAAAGCAAAGGGAUCUAAUAUUCUUAUCAAUAUUUUUGUCUCAAGUUUCAAUUUUGUGAAGAAAACCCUUGGAUUGGAUCAUAUGGGUGGAAUAGUGGGCAAUGCUGCUUUGGUUGCAGUUAGCAUGAUAGCUUUGCUUCAUUUACAUCAGGUAACUAAUCAUGAGCAGCCAUAUGGGCAAGAAUAUAGAGUUCAGAGCGACAGAACUGUGAGAAGAACAGAAUUGGUCGGUUCUUCGUCUGAUGCCCAUUCCAGUAAUUUGGAUGUAUUGUUGGCUAGAGGUUAGGAUUAAACUUCUAUCCCAAUGAUGAAAUGAUGAGUGGCUUGUGUUUUCAGAGUGUUUUUUUCCUUUUCCUUUUUUGUGCUCUUGUUCUUUUUUUUUCCUUGGUUACAAAAGAGGCAUGAGUCUUGGUGUUGUGAGGGGAGGAGGCAAAGCAUGGUGUCACUUGAGCCAAGGCUCUUGGGCGUCUUCUUGGUUUUUGUUGCCACAGAAAGUUUUAAAAGUGGCAUUAUAGUUUAUCUUACAAGGGCAAGAGAAAGGCUGUGUUUGCUGGAUUCCUUGUUGAGUUGCAGAUUCUCGAAGUAUUACAGUUAGUUGGAAAUCAACACAAAUGUUUCUUUUUUCUGCUAGAUAGUGUCAUCUGUGGUAGAAUCCUGCGUCAAUUUUGUCAAUUUUAGUUGAUGGAAUGUGAAUGCCUUCUACCUUCUCUUUUCUUGUUACAAUCAAUUCUGUGAAUACGUUUAUGUUGCAAUGAAGGGUGUUUACCUCAAAGAAAUUGAUUAUGUGGUACUGUUGGUAGUUA